CGGGGGUCCUGUGAGGUCUCGGGGGCACCAGGGGGUCCCGGGGAUACCGGGGGGUCUCGGGCGCGCCCAGCGCGGGGCCGACGACCGGGCCGCCAGCUGGCCGGUCCCGCCCCGCCCCAGGCCGACCCCCGCUCCCGGCUCCCCGCCGGCGGCCGCGCCCCCGCCCCGAAAUAGCGCGGGGCGGGGCUGCCACCGCCAUGGCGAGGCAACCUGCGAAGACGCUGUGGUAUGACCGCCCGAGGUACGUCUACCUGGAGUUCUGUGUCGAGGACAGCGUGGAUGUUCAGGUCACCAUUGAGAACCAGCGGCUGGUGUUUAGUUGCAAAAAUGCAGACGGUGUGGAGUUCUACAAUGAGAUCAACCUGUAUGCCAAGAUCAACUCCAAGGACUCACGGGAGAAGCGGUCUGACCGCUCCAUCACAUGUUUUAUGAGAAAGUGGAAGGAGAAAGUGGCCUGGCCCCGCAUCACCAAGGAGAACAUCAAGCCAGCCUGGCUCUCCGUGGACUUUGACAACUGGCGGGACUGGGAAGGGGACGAGGAGGUGGAGAGGGCCACGGUGGAGCAGUAUGCAGAGCUCCUGGAGAAGGUGACGGACAAAGCCCCCCCCCCGGACAUGGACGACCUGGACGACGGCCUCUGAAGCCCGGGACCCCGGGGACGCCGCGGCCGCAGGAGACCUCCCGGUGUGCCGGCAGCGCGCCCUGAGAGCAGCGCGGGCCGGGCGCGCCGAGGAAGCGGAGCCGCCCCGCCCGGUUCGGCGCCGAGCGCGGCGGACCCCGGCUCAGGGCGGCGGGAGCCGUGCGGCCUCCCCGCGCCGGGCAAUAAACGUGAGCUGCCGCCGCC